UGUAGUGGCUUUGCUGGCAUGCAUCCCAAACAUUUAUUUUUUCCCCCACCAAGAUUUACAUGCUAAAAUCGCCACUGCUCUCAGAUAUAGGACAGACACUUCAGAACUAACUUCCUUUAGAUGUUUUUAGUUGUUCCAUGUCAUUUACGUGUUAUUCAAUGCGUUUGUGUGAGCUAAUAGCGGUAAAGCCAAAAAUAUUUUUUCAGAAAAAAUAUAUUUGUAAUACUUUAAGGAGUUAAAACGUUAAAUAAAAUAGCAAAAUGAUCCUUGGUAUGACCUUCUAUGGGUUAAGGCUAAGGUUAGGGUAGGGAUGUCCCACGACCCGAGAUAGGACUGACCAUCAUUUUUGUUUAGCAGCAGUAGUUACAUCUGCGGAUUAAUCUUGACUUUCUCCGCAUGUGUCCCAAUGGCAAUCACCACGAGAGCAUGUAUGAACUUCUACAUUAUAAUUCUAAACUAGCUCUUGCACACGCUAUUUCUGUCUCCCCCAGCUCUGUCGGUUUCUCCCAUCGACUUAUUUAGCCUGGUUUAGUGUUGGGGAGUUGGCAAUCAGGUCCAUGGACAGUGCGACUUGUUGAGCAAAAUAAUUUCAGCACCAUGGACAGCUCGAGCAGAAAGACGCUAAUUUGCCCUAAUAUAGACCUAUCCAUGGUUCUGCACAGUAUUUUUUUUAAAGAUGAGGUGAGCUUUAAUCAGGUUUAAGACAUUGCGUGGAAUGUGAUAGCAUAUGGUAAAUAUGCAUUACAUAUAAUAUAAGGGAAUGAAUUCCUAAAGGAAAAAGACUACAUCGGCAGAACUUUUCAGGCAUAGAAAAUAGCAUUUAGUGAUGAAUAUAAAAACGUCUCUGGGUAUGAUGACACUGUGCUUGGAACGACACCAUUGUAUGUGUGGACCAUUAUUCAGUCCAGUGAAUAGAAGUAUAUACCCAACUUAAUUUCAUUAGCCUACCCAUUUUUUGUCUUGCGUAGCCUAUGCUUCUCAUGCUGGAAAAACAACCACCCUAUAACGCUCUCUCUAAUCUCAUUUGGAAGUUACCAUAACCGGAAUGUCUGCAUCCGUGACCAUAUUUUGUCCGUGCACAAAUUAUGAGAAAUAAAUGAAUUGCUCGGCAGCACAACUCGACCCAUAUUUCCUCAUGUGCGUUUUGGGCUGUCACAGAUUCACCGUCAUUGUUUAACAAUACAUGAAUCUCUCUCUUCGUCGGAAUGCCUCCUCCCCUACUCGCUUUGCGCACCAUGCUCUCUCCCAUCUCAGGUCUGAUUUGCUCACCCGCGCUCAAAUAGCUUGUGCAGUUCUAUCUCCACCGACUCCCAUGCUUGCAACCGCGCUGAUGGGUUUGAAAAUUUAAGUAGCCUAGUUUUGAUAACGUCAUGGAGAUAAUUUUCUAAGAACACAUGUAGAGAGAUUGUGCUCUGAGGAACAAUUCUGAGGAGGACAAUAUCUAUAUACAUUCAACGUUUUAUUUUGAAAAAAAUAACCGAAUGAUUUUCUAUACCUUCAUGGAUGACGAGAACAUUCGUGAAAACUCUCACCAACACGGAUGGUAGUGUUCUCUAAAUUGGAUAUGUGUUUCUGGACUUUUAUAAUACCAAGACUGUGCGCUCUUCUUCUUCGAGUCUCUUCUUACAUGCGCUAGAGAAGCUGAAAUGAAGGGGUGGAAGGACAGCACAAUGAGGGGCAAAUACUUUAUACUGGGUUACUUGUUGGUCAAAGUUAUGGCGCUGGUCUGCAAGGCGGACGGAGAACCAGGACAACUGGAGGGCUUUGUCAUGAUGACGACGUGCAACGGAUCCAGGGAGGAUGAGGGUGCAGGCUUCUCGGAGCCCCCACACACGGAGGACAGGUGUCGGGGGUAUUACGAUGUGAUGGGCCAGUGGGACCCGCCGUUCGUUUGUAAAACGGGCGAUUAUCUGUACUGCUGCGGCACCUGUGGCUUUCGGUUCUGCUGCUCCUACAAGACCUCGCGGUUGGAUCAGAGCACCUGUAAAAACUACGACACUCCGGUGUGGAUGAUGACAGGUCAAACCCCGUUUAAGAAAAACGACCUUCGGCACGACCCCACCAAAGAUAAAACUAAUUUAAUCGUGUAUAUCAUCUGUGGAGUAGUGGCUAUCAUGGCACUUGUUGGGAUAUUCACCAAACUCGGCCUGGAAAAGGCGCACCGACCCCAGAGAGAGAAUAUGACUAGGGCUGUCCAGAGUGUGUUACAGGUCGGUUGUCCAGGUGAGCAGUUCCAGGGGGAGGACACCCUCGCCAUGCACGCACAGAACUAUGACACAAGGGCCAACAACCUCCAAGGAGGUCAGAUUAACAACAAUGUGGGUCCAGGUCCCACCAUGGGCCAACCACACCCCUACCCUGCUCUGAGCCAGCAACGACCUGGGAAGGAACUCAACAAGUACGCCUCUCUCAAGCUCGUGGCGGCCAAGUCCAACGGUGACUUCUACAACAAACCGCGUCUGAUGAUGGAGCUGCCGUCUAAAGGAGGCCUCCCCCUCCAACACAUGAAUCCUAUGCGACCUCUGAACCCCAUGACCAACAACGCUAUGUCCCACAACCUAAUGAAUAACCCCACCAUGACCCACAAUCCAAUGAACAACCCCAUGGCCCACAACAACCCCAUGGCCUACAAUAACCCCAUGGCCCACAAUAACCCCAUGGCCCACAACAACCCCAUGGCCCACAACAACCCCAUGCCCCACAACAACCCCAUGGCCCACAACAACCCCAUGCCCCACAACAACCCCAUGCCCCACAUCAACCCCAUGCCCCACAUCAACCCCAUGCCCCACAUCAACCCCAUGCCCCACAUCAACCCCAUGGUCCACAACAACCCUAUGGUCCACAACAACCCCAUGCCCCACAACAGCUCCAUGCCCCACAACAGCUCCAUGCCCCACAACAACCCCAUGCCCCACAUCAAACCCAUGUCCCACACCAAACCCAUGUCCCACAACAAAACUAUGUCCCACAUCAAGCCGAUUUCCCACAUCAACCCCAUGAACCACAACAACCCCAUGACCCACAACAACCCCAUGGCGCACAACAACCCCAUGGCCCACAAUAACCCCAUGGCCCACAAUAACCCCAUGGCCCACAACAACCCCAUGGCCCACAACAACUCCAUGGCCCACAACAACCCCAUGGCCCACAACAACCCCAUGGCCCACAACAACCCCAUGGCCCACAACAACCCCAUGGCGCACAACAACCCCAUGGCCCACAACAACCCCAUGGCCCACAACAACCCCAUGGCGCACAACAACCCUUUGAGUCCCAUCAGCACCCUGGGUUCCCUGGGCCCCAAGCCAGUGGCCACUUACAUCACAGAGAUGCCCAGCAGUUUGCCCAUCCUAUCCAGCACCUACCAGGGCUCCACCAUGCUGACCGCACCCAAGCAGAACGGACAGAAGCCCCAAAGACUCAGCAACAGUGGUGACAGGCUCAGUAAUAAAGGUCCAGGAGCCAUGACCAUGUACAGCAUGACUAGAACAGGGACUUUCCCGGGGCCUCACCACCACACCAGGACGGUUCCUGGUCCUCACCACCAACAACACCACCACCAAUAUCAGCAGCAACAACACCACUCACUGGCCUACAGCUCCCACACCAUCGCAGCCCCCAGGGGGAUGGGGGGAGGAAUGGGGCCAAAGGGCUGGGACGGGACUGAAACGAUGGGUAGGAGGAAGGGUUACGGCUCCAAAAGGCCCCAGUGCACGGUGGAGCAGACCAACGAGCUGCACAGUCAGGCCCGCUCCCAGAGCCACAGUCAGCACUUCCUGCCCACUCAGCCUUACUUUGUGACCAACAGUAAGACGGAGGUGACUGUGUGAGAGAGUGGGAGAGGGGGACGAUAGUCUCCAAAGCAGAGUCACCUAUUAGGCAGAGCGGGAGAGGACAGAGAUGGUGGUGUGUAAGGCCCUGGUUGUGGUGUGUCCUGGUAGUGGGGGCCAGAACAGAGCACCCUGGUGGUGUGGCAGUGUGCUUGCAUUUGUCGUCCAGUAUGAGUGGAUCCCUGCACAAGUGACUGUCAGUCAAUCCUACACAGACCCUCAGUCAGGAGAGGGGGGCGGGAUGAUAUAUCCAUGAGAACAUCCAACAGAAGUAUCAAAUUCCUUGUGUGUGUUAUAAUAUCUUCCGUGUAAUGGUAACAUAAUCAACCAAUGACAGUGAAUCGUGAAUACAGCAACAGCAAAAGAAAGCAUGAGAUUGCCAUGGAUUGCGUUACCAAAUCCGACAAGCAAUAUGAGAUCUAUGGACACCGCAAUGGCUGGGGCUAAAACAUUGAGCAGGGAAACAUCAAACUGUGGGGAAGGAAAGGACAUUCAUUAAAGCGGCUCUCUCCUACAAAGCCAUUUAAUUGGUCACAGUUUUAGGGCUAUGGGUUAUGGGCUUUGGACUACGAACAUUAUGGGCUUUCUUCUGCUCUUGUAACCUUGAAACUCACUCGGUCGUCAACACAUUCUGGAGAUGAUUGUCCUGUACAUUUGAAGAACAGUACUUGAUCACUGCUGGCCCGAAGGCAAGAAGGCAAAAGCAUCAUCUGGAGGAUAGUACUGUACUCCUGAAAAACACAUCCGUCCUAAUGCUGUUCACACAGAGAAUCUGUGAUCCAAUAUUUAAAAAUGUGACUACAGACCAUGGCCAGUUGUAGUAAUAGCCAUCUUUUUACAUGUCCCUUUUUCUCUCUCUUUCAUUCUAUCUAUCCCUCUUAGAAAAUACAAACUUCAGGUAAAGAAAAUAUAAAGAGAGAGCUAAAUGUGGUUCUGAAUCAUUUCUGUUCUACGGUGUUUGGCGAGGCCCUGAAGUAUCAUCCCUCAUGUGUAUUAUUGCUACAGAAUAUUGUGAUUAAUACAAUGUGCCAAAAACAUUUAUUUCUUUUUGUAUUUUUGUAUGACUGUGUCCUCUUGAACUUUGGCGACCACUUCACUCUGGUGUUUGUGGAAAAUACUGUUGCUAGGGCAUCCAAAUAUGAAAUGGUCUAAAAGUAGAAGACAAGACAUCUUCAAGCAAAUUGAACAGUAAAAUCUAUACAACCUGAAUGUAUAGUCAGUCUGCAGCCUAUAGAAAGCACUCUGUACUGGUUGUAAACAUCCCGGUAGUUGGUUUUCUUUCUCAUUUCCUCCUUUUUGCUCAGCUCGUGGUUCCACUGUGAAAGACAGGAUAAAAAAACAGGUACAUGUUUUCAGGAUGUGCAUUAUCACAACACUCAGUUGAAUUAAUCCAGCCAUGCAGAAAUUUGAACCCCAUACUGUCAUCCAGGCAGAUAGGGAGGUAGGGAGGCAGGCAGGUAGUCAGGCAAGCAUGGAGGCAGACAGGUAGGGAGGUAGGCAAGCAGGCAGGGAGGCAGGUAGGUGGACAGAAAGGCUGGAAGGCAAGCAAGCGGGCAGGCAGGGAUGCAGGUAGGCAGAGAAAGCAGGCAGGGAUGCAAGUAGGCAAAGAAACCAGGCAGAAAAAGCAGAACAUACAGUGAGCUCCAAAAGUAUUGGAACAGUGACACAAUUGUUGUUGUUUUGGCUCUGCACUUAGGAU